AUGUCUGUGUAUGAACAGUUUGCCUUGUUUGGCGUAGACAGUUUCGGACUUGAGCGCUUCCUCCGCUUCGUCCAAGCCGCCUGCCAAAUCGCGGCCAACACCGCCCUCACAAUAUCCCUCACCCCCAUCCCCGUCGCCGAGCUCCUAACCCUCGGCGCAACGGUAAACCUCACCCGCCGCUUCAUCCGGCUCUGGCGCUUCCUCGACUGCUUCUCCACCGCCCAAGCUCUCUACAAUGCAGGCGCAGGAGGAUCGACUCCGACUCUGGAGCUCUGGCUGGACAUUCUGCGCAUGAGCCUCCUGGGCAUGUAUGGCUUACUCGAAUCCAUCACGAUACCCGACCUGGCGGGCGUCACGGGGUUCGGUCCGCAGAUGACAAAGGCGAUCAACCUCGAAGCGCAAAGAUUCUGGUUCAUGGCUCUCGUGUGCGGGAUCCUGGCCGGUAUCUCGAGACUGGCCAGUCUCUACGCCUUCGCGCCGGUUCCUCCCAGCGGCGAGGUUUACGGACUGGUUGAGGAUGAGAAGAGCGGUGCGAAGCAGGAGAAGGACGAGGUGAAGAGGAAGAAGGAAGAGGCGGAGAAGGAGAAGGCGCGGACGGCUGCGAAGAAGAACGCGCUUGUGAGGAAAUUGGCGGUGGAUACGCUGGAUCUGUGUCUUCCGACUGCGGCGCUGCGAUGGGCUGUUCUUGAUCCUGCUGUGGUUGGUUGGGCUAUGCUGGUGUCUACGCUGUUGUCGGGGUACGACGUGUGGUUGAGGUGUGGUGUCCAGCUCCGGAAGGCUAAGGCUACCAAAGUUUGA